CUCCGUCCUUCUCUCGGCCUAUCGUACCACACUGUGGUAGAAGACAUCAAGACACCCUUCAGUCUCCUCACGGUUCUGUCCUCUUUCUCCACCUGCUUCACUGCAUUGGAACCCUCUCCCUGGACUAUCUCCUUGAGCAUUAGCGAUUAUUGCAUUAGCGAUUAUUAUCGACGCUGGGACCAACAUUGCUCGGAAGCGAAGGAUAUCCGCAACAAGUGUGUUAGUAAUCAUACAUCCGUUCAGCAUACAACAUGUCACUCCACGAUAUCAGAGCCGAUCUGCCAGCGUCCGAUGAGAUUGACGUGGCUACAAGAGGAAGCGAGUAUGGGAUGACGCGCUCUUUGUCCUUGGACGACCUGCGUGCUUGCGAGAGCUCCACAGGGCUGGUUCCACUGAGCGAGUGGAAGAUGAAGCGACUGAUGGCCCUGCAGCGAUCAAUCUUCCUCAUCAAAUCCCAGCCGUGGAAUCUUCCUGCUGUGGGAUGUAGAACGGCGCCAGUGGAGGACGAGGAAGGGGGAAGCGACCAAGAGAACUAGCUGUACACUGAUAAGAGAACUGGAUGUACACUAUCAUUUCCAUCAUUGCCUUGUAAAUAAACUCCUUUCUUUUC